UAUUGAUUCAUGGACAAGAUGACAGAUGUGUCUUCUUCCUCCUACUUUUCUGAUUUUGGGCUGCUCCUAUAUUUGGAGGAGCUAAACAAAGAGGAAUUAAAUAUAUUCAAGUCAUUCCUGAAGAACGAGACCGUGGGACCUGGGUCCCGCAGGAUACCCUGGUCUGAUGUGAAGAAGGCCAAGCGGGAGGAUCUGGCUAACUUGAUGAACCAGUAUUACCCGGGAGGGCAGGCCUGGGAUGUGGCUCUCAAAAUCUUUGGCAAGAUGAACCUGAAGGGCCUGUGCCAGAGAGCAAAAGCAGAGAUCAGCUGGAUAGCCAAGACGGUGAGACCAGAGGACACCGGGGCCAGAGGGGUACAAGGUCAUCAAGAAGCUGUGCUGGGUGAUGGAACAAAAUACAGAAUUCAAAUAGAGGAAAAAUUUCGCAUCAUGUCGAAUAAGAACUGUUUGCUUGGAGAAUCUGGAAAUUUCUGUCAUGAAAUCACUCAGGAGAGCCGAGAACUGUUGGAACGUUUGUUUGGUGAGGAUGUCAGAACCGGCGUGCAGCCACAGACAGUGGUCCUUCAGGGGCCUGCUGGAGUCGGGAAGACAACCUUGGUGAGAAAGAUGAUGUUAGACUGGGCACAGGGCAAUCUCUACCAGCAGAAAUUUGCCUAUGUUUUUUAUCUCAAUGCAAGAGAAAUUAACCCAUUGAGAGAGAAAAGCUUUGCUGAAAUGCUGUCAGAUGACUGGCCCAGCACAGAAGGGCCCAUCGAAAGAAUUAUGUCCCAGCCGAGUAGUCUCCUUUUUAUUAUUGAUAGUUUUGAUGAACUGCACUUCGCCUUUGAGGAACCCGAGUUUGUGCUGUGUGGCGACUGGACCCAGGUACACCCUGUGUCCUUCCUCGUGAGUAGUUUGCUGAGAAAAGUGAUGCUCCCCCAGUCGUCCUUAUUGGUGACGACAAAACUCACAGCUUUUAAGAAACUAAAGCCUUUAUUGAAGAGUCCGCGUUCUAUACAGCUACUAGGUAUGUCUGAGAAUGCAAGAGAGGAGUAUAUUUGCCAGUUUUUUGAAGAUGAGAGGUGGGCCCUGCAAGUGUCCAGUUCCCUAAGAAACAAUGAGAUGCUUUUCAGCAUGUGCAAAGUCCCCCUGGUGUGCUGGGUCAUUUGUAAUUGUCUGGAGCAGCAGAUGGAGAAGGGUGGUGAUAUCACGUUGACCUGCAGGACAACCACAGCUCUGUUUACCUGCUGUAUCUCUAGCUUGUUCACACGUGUAGAUGGAAGCUUUCCUAGUCUACCCAGCGAAACCCAACUGAGGAGCCUGUGUCACUUGGCUGCCAGAGGAGUAUGGACUAUGACUUAUGUGUUUUACAAGGAGAAUCUCAGAAAGCAUGGGUUAGUUAAAUCUGAUGUCUCAAUUUUCCUGGACAUGAAUAUUCUUCAAAGGGAUGCAGAGUAUGAAAACUGCUAUGUGUUCCCCCACCUCCACAUUCAGGAGUUUUUUGCAGCUAUGUUUUAUAUGUUGCAAGACAGUUGGGACACCGGGGACAGUUCCUUCCAGUCUUUUGAAGACCCAGAGCUGUUACUUGAAAGCAGCAGUUGUAAUGACCCCCACUUGCUGCAGAUGAAAUGCUUUCUGUUUGGCCUUUUGAAUGAAGAUCUAGUAAAACAACUGGAGGAAACUUUCAACUGUAGAAUGUCCCUGGAGAUGAAAUGGAAGACACUUCAGUGGAUGGAAACACUAGGAAACAGUGACCCUUUUCCAUCACACCUGGUUUUUCUGGAGUUGUUUCACAUUCUAUAUGAAACUCAAGAUGAAGCCUUUAUAAACCAGGCAAUGAGAUACUUCCCAAAGGUUGUCAUUAAUAUUUGUGAGGAAAUCCAUUUGCUCGUGUCUUCAUUCUGCCUGAAGCAUUGCCAGUACUUACGGACCAUUAAACUGUCUGUAACCGUGGUAUUUGACAAGAAGGAGUUAAACUCCAGCCCCCAAGCUGAAACUUGGGAUGGUGGUCGCAUUACUCGUUGGUGGCAAGAUCUCUGUUCUGUGCUUCAUACAAAUGAACAUUUGAGAGAACUGGACCUGUGUCAUAGCAACCUUGAUAAAUUAGCAAUGAAGACUUUUAAUCAAGAACUAAGGCAUCCAGACUGUAAACUACAAAAACUACUGUUGAGAUUUAUUUCUUUCCCUGACGCUUGUCAGGAUAUCUCUAGUUCUUUGACUCACAACCAGAACCUGAUGCAUCUUGACCUGAAAGGGAGCGAUAUAGGGGAUAAUGGAGUAAAGUCACUAUGUGAUGCCUUGAAACACCCGGAGUGUAAACUACAGAACCUGAGCUUGGAAUCCUGCAGCCUAACUACGGUUUGUUGUCUAAAUAUCUCUAAGGCUCUCAUCAGAAGCCAGAGCCUGAGAUCUCUGAAUCUAUCGACUAAUAACCUACUGGAUGACGGAGUGAUGCUGUUGUGCGAGGCCUUGAUGCAUUCAAAGUGUUACCUGGAGAGACUGUCCUUAGAACACUGUGGCCUCACGGCAGCUGGCUGUGAGGAUCUGUCUUUGGCUCUCAUCAGCAAUGAACGGCUGACACAUUUAUGCUUGGCGGACAACGUCUUGGGAGAUGGUGGAGUCAAGCUUAUUAGCCAUGCCUUGAAACAUCCACAGUGCACUCUACAGAGCCUUGUGCUGAGGCGCUGCCACUUCUCGUCACUCAGCAGUGAGUGUCUCUCUGCCUCGCUCCUGCGCAACAGGAGCCUGACGCACCUGGACCUGGGGUCAAACUGCCUGCGAGACGACGGAGUGAAGCUUCUGUGCGAAGUCUUCCGGCGUCCAGGCUGCCAUCUCCAGGCCCUGGAACUGAUGGGCUGUGUUCUCACCAGUGCAUGUUGUCUGGAUCUGGCCUCUGCUAUUCUGAACAACCCAAACCUGCGGAGCCUGGACCUUGGGAACAAUGACUUGAAGGAUGAUGGAGUCAAAAUUCUGUUUGAGGCUUUGAGACAUCCAGACUGUAAUAUUCAGAGGCUUGGGUUGGAAUACUGUGGUUUGACCGCCCUCUGUUGUCAGGAUCUCUCCUCUACCCUGAGCAGCAACCAAAGACUGAUAAAAAUAAACCUGACCUUGAAUACCUUAGGGCACGAAGGAAUUAAGAAGUUAUGUGAAGUCUUGAGGUCUCCUGAAUGUAAACUGCAGGUUCUAGGGCUGUGCAAAGAGGCAUUUGACGAGGAAGCCCAGGAGCUGCUAGAAGCGGUGUGCAGCAGCAACCCACACCUUGCCAUUCAGCAGGACUGUGAUGACCUUGACGAAGAGGAUGGCUCCUGGUGGCGGUGUCUCUGACUCAAAAAACCUGGUAGUCUUGAACAGAGCCAAAUAAAGACCCCGGCAAGACAAGGCCGGGGGGCUUCAUGUCCAGAUGUCCCGCAUUUGACGUCUGCCAGGUAUAGGUUAGUCACUUCUCUGUAAAAUGCUCUAGUUCACACGGGGGUUAAGAGGCAAAAAUAAAAUGGAAGACUUAAAGCUC